CCACCGCCACAGUCGCAGCUUCGGCCGCUGGGCAAGUAGCUCCUCGGGGCGACUUCCUUGGAACCCCGACGAGGACACGGGCGCUACGCUCUGCUCGCUCCGCACGGAACCAUGCUGACCACCUGCGCGUAACCAGCGCGCACGGGCAGCGGCCGACCCGACUGUAUACGGUCCCUCUCCCGAGCCCAGUUUUCCGCGCAACUCUCUGUCUCUGCUCGUCCCUCGCAACCAGUCCGUCGCAACCAUGCCCGCGGCGACUGCACUCGGAGCCUUUGGGCCACUGCUGCUGCUGCUGCUGCCGCCGCUGCCGCUGCCGCUGCCCCACCACGCCGAGGGCCUCGGGGAGCGCUCGGAGGCCGCCUCGGACUACUCGGCGCUGGAAGGCGAGGAGAGCGCGGAGCAGCAGCUGGAGCAUUACCACGACCCAUGCAAAGCGGCUGUCUUUUGGGGAGACAUAGCCCUAGAUGAAGAAGACCUGAAGUUAUUUCAUAUUGACAAGACCCAAGACUGGAUCAAGCAGUCGGUGGCAGAAACGGGGCACCAGACAGGUGGACUUGAUGAACAGCCGUUCGAAAGCUGGUCGAAUGCUACAGCCACGAAUGCUAGCGGCCAGGAAGCUGGAAAGGAUGGCAAGGAGAAUGUCAUGCUUCCACAGAACCCUGGGACCUCGAAUGCCAGAGCUGAGACCUUCUCUCCCCGGGUCCGAAGAGCCACCACCUCAAGGACAGAGAGGAUAUGGCCCGGAGGGGUCAUCCCCUACGUCAUUGGAGGGAACUUCACUGGAAGCCAGAGGGCCAUCUUUAAGCAGGCCAUGAGACACUGGGAGAAGCACACCUGUGUGACCUUCAUAGAGAGGACGGAUGAAGAAAGCUUUAUUGUGUUCAGUUACAGAACCUGUGGCUGUUGCUCCUAUGUUGGGCGCCGAGGAGGAGGCCCACAGGCCAUAUCCAUUGGGAAAAACUGUGACAAGUUCGGCAUUGUGGCUCAUGAGCUGGGCCACGUGGUUGGGUUCUGGCAUGAACACACCCGGCCAGACAGAGAUCAGCAUGUCACCAUCAUCAGAGAAAACAUCCAGCCAGGUCAGGAGUAUAAUUUCUUAAAAAUGGAAGCUGGGGAAGUGAGCUCUCUGGGAGAGACGUACGACUUUGACAGCAUCAUGCACUACGCCCGGAACACCUUCUCAAGAGGAGUUUUCUUAGACACUAUCCUCCCCCGUCGAGAUGACAAUGGCGUCAGGCCAACCAUCGGCCAGCGUGUGCGGCUCAGCCAGGGAGACAUAGCUCAAGCCAGGAAGCUGUACAAGUGCCCAGCUUGUGGGGAGACUCUGCAGGACACAACGGGAAACUUCUCUGCACCUGGCUUUCCAAACGGCUACCCUUCUUAUUCCCAUUGCGUUUGGAGGAUAUCAGUCACUCCAGGGGAAAAGAUCAUCUUAAACUUCACAUCCAUGGAUUUGUUUAAAAGCCGCCUGUGCUGGUACGACUACGUGGAGGUCCGGGAUGGGUAUUGGAGAAAAGCCCCCCUGUUGGGUAGGUUUUGUGGCGAUAAAGCCCCGGAGCCGCUUGUCUCCACGGACAGCCGACUCUGGGUGGAGUUCCGGAGCAGCAGCAACAUCCUGGGCAAGGGUUUCUUUGCAGUGUAUGAAGCUACAUGUGGGGGAGACAUAAACAAAGACGCUGGUCAGAUCCAAUCUCCCAACUACCCUGAUGACUACAGACCUUCCAAGGAAUGUGUUUGGAGGAUUACGGUUUCAGAGGGUUUUCACGUGGGGCUCACCUUCCAAGUUUUUGAGAUCGAAAGGCAUGACAGCUGUGCAUAUGACUACCUGGAAAUCCGCGACGGCCCCACUGAAGAAAGCGCCCUGAUUGGCCACUUUUGCGGCUACGAGAAGCCGGAGGACGUGAAGUCGAGCUCUAACAGAAUGUGGAUGAAGUUUGUGUCCGAUGGCUCCAUCAAUAAAGCGGGCUUUGCGGCCAAUUUUUUCAAGGAGGUGGACGAGUGCUCCUGGCCAGACCGCGGCGGGUGUGAGCAGCGCUGCGUGAACACCUUGGGCAGCUACAAGUGUGUGUGCGACCCCGGCUAUGAGCUGGCUGCCGACAAGAAGACAUGUGAAGUGGCCUGCGGUGGCUUCAUUACCAAGCUGAAUGGAACCAUCACCAGCCCGGGGUGGCCGAAGGACUACCCUACGAACAAAAACUGUGUCUGGCAGGUGGUGGCCCCCGCCCAGUACCAGAUCUCUCUUCAGUUUGAAGUGUUCGAACUGGAAGGCAAUGACGUCUGUAAGUACGACUUCGUGGAGGUGCGCAGUGGCCUGUCCCCAGAUGCCAGGCUGCACGGCAGGUUCUGCGGCUCCGAGACCCCCGAGGUCGUCACCUCACAGAGCAACAAUAUGCGCGUGGAGUUCAAGUCGGACAACACGGUCUCCAAACGCGGCUUCCGGGCCCACUUCUUCUCAGACAAGGACGAGUGUGCCAAGGACAACGGCUGGUGCCAGCACGAGUGCGUGAACACGUUCGGGAGCUACCUGUGCCGGUGCCGGAAUGGCUACCGGCUGCAUGAGAACGGACACGAUUGUAAAGAGGCUGGCUGUGCGCACAAGAUCAGCAGUGCGGAGGGGACCCUGGCCAGCCCCAACUGGCCCGACAAGUACCCCAGCCGGCGGGAGUGCACCUGGAGCGUCUCUUCAACCGCAGGCCACAGGGUGAAACUUACGUUUAACGAGUUUGAGAUCGAGCAGCACCAGGAAUGCGCCUACGACCACCUGGAAGUGUAUGACGGCCCCGACAGCCUGGCGCCCGUCCUCGGCCGCUUCUGCGGCAGCAGGAAGCCGGACCCCGUGGUGGCUUCGGGCAGCAGCCUGUUCCUUAGGUUUUACUCAGACGCCUCGGUGCAGAGGAAAGGCUUCCAGGCGGAGCACAGCACAGAGUGCGGGGGCAGGCUGAAGGCCGAAGUGCAGACCAAAGAGCUCUAUUCCCAUGCCCAGUUUGGGGACAACAACUACCCGAGCCAGGCCCGCUGUGACUGGGUGAUUGUGGCGGAGGACGGCUACGGUGUGGAGCUGGUGUUCCGGACCUUUGAAGUGGAGGAAGAGGCGGACUGUGGCUAUGACUACAUGGAGGCCUACGACGGCUACGACAGCACGGCACCCCGGCUCGGCCGCUUCUGCGGCUCUGGGCCACUGGAAGAAAUCUACUCCGCAGGGGACUCCCUGAUGAUCCGGUUCCACACAGACGACACCAUCAACAAGAAAGGCUUCCAGGCCCGGUACAUCAGCACUAAGUUCCAGGACGCCCUGCACAUGAAGAAAUAACAUCGAUGCUCUUGGCUGAGAUGGGUUUUUUAAAAUAAAAAUAGCACCUUGUGAGUCUGCCCUAAAACAGUGUACAGUAUUUUUCUCAAACAGAACCUCAAAAUCUAGUCUUGGAGGUGUGUGUUCAAUGAAGUUUGGCCAACAAGGAAGAGAGAAGACGUUCCUUUGAUUCCAGCUGCGACAUUAUCCAUUGUGGGCUUUUAAAGAAGAUUAAGGUUUGAAGUCACUGAUCAUUCAAGCAAUGCCUGUUAUUACCCAUUGUCCUUGUCACUCGCUCCUGUGGGGCGAAAGGCCAGCCCUUGGGUCAGUCAUCCCUCCAUUUCUGGACGUGCUUCCGUAGGUGCCAGUAAUGUGACCGUGUCCUGGAGACUCAGGCUGUCUUCCAUCCACUCUAGGUGAUGAGGGUGAGAGCUGGGCCCUGGCUGGUUUGCUUCUCAGAGCCCUGGCCGGGGACGUGCUAAGCAGGAAGUCUGAGAAUAUGGACAUUGGAACUAAGACAGACAUUGCAGUCAGCGGCAUACGGAGGGAGCAUGCGCAUGAGAAUUGCUGUCACCAAGUUAGGAGACUGCAAGCCUUUCUCUGUGUUGUUGGCUCUCCCUGCCCCUAGUUUUCCCCCUGUAUCCCUAUUUGCAUCAGAGGGUUAAGGCACCUGUGAAGUCCAGCAGGAUAUUUGCUGAUGCGGGACCCCAGCUUGCCGAGAAAACGUCCUGGCUUGUCGUUUUGAUACUCCUUUGCUCACCGACUCGGAGAAGACUCCACCUGUGCACUGGGGGAUUCCACGGGCUUAGGACCUGCCUUCCUCCAGCUGUGGAGGUGCCGGCUGUGGUUGACCUUGACUCUUUGACAACCAGUUCAAACCGCAUUUGCAAGAUGUGCAAAGACAUGAAGGCCCAGCUCAGGUCCCUGGUCGGGUGAACCCUGUUGAAAACUGGUUAAUUAUAACUUAUGGAAGAAUCAACACCUUGUGGAACAAGUUCACCUUGUCUGACCCCUGUAACCAAUUGGGUUAAAGACUGCACUGGUGACUGCUCAGACGGACUGGCAUCUCAUCACCAGCUUGCAAUCAGAACUCACCACACUUGGCACUUGUUCUAGAGAAGUGUAGAGGAUGUUGUUUACAUAAUUUUAGAACCUCCAGGUAAACUUUAAAUAGUGAGGUAGUUUUGAAUGGCAUUUCAUUAAGGCGUCUAUGGGCAUUAUGAGCUAAAAGCUGUGGUAUGUAGCUUUAAAAGAGUAUUUAUGUCAGGAUCACUUUAAAUGCUGUUUACAGAGCUGUGAGUCCUGUGUCGUGGGGUGUUGGACACAGGACAGAGUCCCAGAGAAUUUUCACUGAGAGCGCAGACAACUCCCCAGCGCCGGAACUCCUCUGGGCUGAAUGAGCAUUAUGUUAACAAAGUAUUUGCAAAAGAUUAAAGGUUAUAUUUUUUAAAGAUCGGAAUAUGCCCCCAGAGGACUAUGUCUAACUAAAAUAUUGCUGGGAGUAAAAAAGAAGGAAAAAAAGAGAAUAAUAAAAAAAAAGGUGGAAAAUGCACGGAAACAUUUUUCCUUAUAACAAAAAAAUCAAACUAUUAUGAUGAAUGAUAAUAUAUGUCUGUAUAUAUAUAUAUGUGUGUAUGUAUGGGAAGGAUCAGCUGUCAGAGCCUUAAAUCAGUGCAGGGUGAGAGCGGCCGGCCCACGGACCAUAGCUGUACAGAGCUGGCCCUCCUGGACCUGCGGCUCACUCGUCUCCUCUACCCGGCUCGCUCUCUUGGCCUCCCUGGGCCCGGUGUGGAGGCUCAGCCUGCAUCCUCGUGUUGUGACAGAGGGCAGACCCUGCCCCAGGAAUCUUCGGUUCAGCAAAUGGAGCAGCUCAUCUCGUGAUCCCCGUCUCACCUGCCUGUGAGGGUGGAUUCCAUUUCCCUGAUUUCUAUAUUUUUGUGAGGUUUUAUUUUUGCCUCAGCUUAUCUGUCCAAGUUAAAACUGGAAUCAGGAUACGUACAGUGGCUGUUAAGGGUUUCUCUCCAAAGACACGAAAAUUGUGUUUUUUCAACCUGUAGAGGCCAAAAAAAGAUUAACCAAUUCCCUAGGAAAGCGAGAGGGAGUCAGAUACAGCCAGCUUUGCCUCAGUAAAUGCUCCCCAACCCCCAGCGGAACAAUGGGACUAAUUUUUAUCUCUUUAUAUGGGUAUUUUCAUAAAUACACAACUUCAACAAUUACCAACCUAUGGCCAAUUUGAAACAAUGGGAGUCUUAUGAAAUCCUUCAGCGAGGCCUUCUGGGAGUGACGUAUUCCCAGCAAAGACAAGCUCCGAUUCAGCCGGAGCUGCCCAGAUCGCUCCCCCGGAAGCUCCCGCGCAGGGGACUUCUGCACAAAGCAGGCUCUGCAAGAGUCCGCAUGGCUGGCUUCAUGCAGAAAAGUCCCUUCAGAUGAGGGGUCCAGGCCCCCUUCCCUGGCUCUUCCAAAUUCUCAGUGACCUUCCUCCACACACCCCUGGAUUCAGAGGAAGGUUCCAGGGGACAUUGCUGCAGCCAGCUUGGUCCUUUCACUGGGUGCUGGGCCCUGGGGAUGUCACAGAGCUCCAAGACUGGCUUCAGUUCAGAGAAUCACCUUGACAACCUGAUGAAAUAUUCAUGGCCCUGGUCUUCAGCCUGGUCCAAUGCCAGUGUAAUCUGGGCUAGCGGGAGCCAGCACCUGGGCCCCCAGGGCAGGGGGAGGGUCUGGAAGUAACUCUACCUGCAGAAUUUCUCCCAACAGAGAACACGAGUCUGUGCAUUGGUUCCCUGGAGCUUUAUUUUCUUCCAAAGUGAAGUUUCCUGUCACUCGUGAAAUGCUCACGCUGGUUCAGUCGUUUGUAAAAUCUCGUUAAUUGGCAAGGUCGCCCAGGGACUUGCCAGGGAUCCCGCCCCUUUGAGGAGUUUCCCAUAAGUCCUGGCGGCGGUGCUCAGUUUGGGAACCUCUUCCCAUGGCUCCGGCAGGUGUCUUUCCAGUUUCCUCCAUGGACGGAACUUCCCAAAAAAGAAUCCCAAAUGCCUAAGAGUUUUCUGUAAAACAAAGAAGAAAUGGAAAGCUGUUUAGAGUGUUACCUAUAAAUAUACGGUACUCUUUAUUUUGUGUAGUUUUCCAUUUCAUGAGGUGUUGUCAGUUUCAAAGAGAAAGCAGAGAGGAGCAGACAUGUCUCUGUAU